AUGACACAAGACUCGCCAUCAUCUCCCAAAGACUUGCGCAUCGGCAACGGUGUCUCUUCAGCUUCGUCUACCACCACCUUUAGUUCAACUGCGCCCUUUCCCCCUUCAGAGACAACUACCACGACAGACAUGGCUACCGCCUCAGUCUCCAAGAUCGUCAGCCAACCCCGCAGCCUUGCCGAGGUAUGCGCCGCUUUGCGCGCAAAGCUACUGGCCUUUUUGGCUCUUCAGUCCGACGAUGAGACGGUACAAGGUACCCAACGACGGGCUCGUGAUGCUAUGGAGGUGAUAGAGGAAGCGUUGCGUCGGUAUAGACCCGAAGAAAUCUCCCUCUCCUACAACGGCGGCAAAGACUGUCUAGUCCUCCUAAUCCUCAUCCUAGCCUGCUGGCCCGCCUCGAUCCAACCCUCUACAGCCUCAACAAAACAACACCUCCCGCGUCUUCAAUGCAUCUACAUCGCGCCCCCAGACCCCUUCCGCGAAGUAGAGGACUUCGUCGCCACCACCACAGACGAAUACCACCUGGACCUAGCCCGCUACGCCCUGCCCAUGCGCCAGGCGCUCGACAUAUACCUCGAAGAAAAGCCGAACGUGAAGGCGGUGUUCAUGGGUACCCGACGAACAGACCCCCAUAGCGAGUUUCUGACGAGCUUCACGCCGACGGAUAAGGGGUGGCCGCAGUUUAUGCGGAUAAAUCCCGUGUUGGAUUGGCAUUAUGUUGAGAUUUGGACUUUCAUCCGCCAACUCGACAUCCCCUUCUGCUCCCUCUACUCCCAAGGCUUCUCCUCCCUGGGCGGAACGAAAGACACGCGGCCCAACCCUGCAUUGGCACUCGAUGCUGAAGGGAAGAAGUUCCGGCCGGCGUACGAGUUGACGCGCGAUGACGAGGAGCGGUUGGGUCGUGAUCGAUAG